UUCAGUCAUAGAAUCUUCGCUCUGUGGCGGGCUGUUCGUAGUGAGGCAUCUCGCACAAGGAGGAUCUCAGGUUAUCGUCAGGAUGGCAGCAGGCAGCGUGUGGAGGUCACUGGUGAGCCAGGUGAUGGGCGGAGCCAACAGGAGGCCGGCUGUCUCUUCCUUCUCCAGAGGGAUGCAGACGGUGACUCUGAUUCCAGGAGACGGCAUCGGCCCGGAGAUUUCUGCCGCCGUUGUCAAGAUCUUUGAUGCCGCUAAGGCUCCGGUCCAAUGGGAGGAGAGGAACGUGAUGGCCAUCAAGGGACCCGGAGGGAAGUGGAUGAUCCCUGCAGACGCCAAAGAGUCCAUGGACCGCAGCAAGAUCGGCCUAAAAGGUCCUCUGAAGACCCCCAUCGCCGCCGGUCAUCCAUCCAUGAACCUGCUGCUCAGGAAGACCUUUGACCUCUACGCCAACGUGCGUCCCUGCGUCUCCAUCGAGGGCUACAGGACGCCGUACACAGACGUGGACCUGGUCACCAUCCGGGAGAACACGGAGGGCGAGUACAGCGGCAUCGAACACGUGAUCGUGGACGGCGUCGUUCAGAGCAUCAAGCUGAUCACGGAGGACGCCAGCAGACGCAUUGCGGAGUACGCCUUCGAGUACGCCCGGAACAACCAGAGGAGCAGCGUGACGGCCGUCCACAAGGCCAACAUCAUGCGCAUGUCGGACGGGCUGUUCCUCAGGAAGUGUCGGGAAGUGGCCGAGAACUUCAAGGACGUGAAGUUCACAGAGAUGUACCUGGACACCGUGUGCCUCAAUAUGGUUCAGGACCCGACCCAGUUCGAUGUCCUGGUCAUGCCCAACCUGUACGGAGACAUCCUCAGUGACCUGUGUGCUGGUUUGAUUGGAGGACUGGGAGUCACUCCUAGUGGGAACAUCGGUGCCAACGGAGUCGCCAUCUUUGAGUCGGUGCACGGAACCGCCCCAGACAUCGCGGGCCUGGAUCUGGCCAACCCGACCGCCCUGCUGCUCAGCGCCGUCAUGAUGCUGCGCCACAUGGGGCUGCACCAACACGCCGCCAAGAUCCAGACGGCGUGCUUCGACACCAUCAAGGAGAAGAAGGUGCUGACCAAGGACUUAGGAGGAAACUCUAAGUGCUCCGAGUUCACCACAGAAAUCUGCCGUCGAGUCCAAGACCUGGACUGAAACCAGAGUGUGAAGGGCGGGGCUCCGUGACCCCCCUCCUCCUCUCGGAGGGGGUGGGGCUCCGUGACCCCCCCUCCUCCUCGCGG